AACUGAGAACUGAUCAUUUUAUUUUAUUCUUAAAUAAUCCCAAAAUCGUUUCCCAUUACGGUAACUUGUCUUUGACCAUAAUUUAUCACUUAUGCAACUAACUGGCUUAAACUUCUGUGACAGUAGAUUCUCUAUAAAUAUUUUGAAGCAGACAGCCAGUACACAGCGAAAGAUGGCGGCGCUUGGUCAGGGCGUCUCGUCGCUCACAAAAUUUAUAUGGAGAAGCCCAGAUCUUGCAGGAUAUGGCUUUCAACAAGUGCGAAACAAAUGGGCUGAUUGGAAAAUGAUUCGCGAUGUGAAACGUCGUAAAUGCGUUCAGGAACAUUGUACCGACCGGGUACGCGUACUUGCCCUCAAAAGGAACAACGUUCUUCCACCAGAGAUAAGAGAAAUUGCAAGCAAGGAAAUGGAUGAAAACUUUCCAAGGAAUUCCGCACCCUGCAGGAUCACAUUUCGGUGCGCCCUGACAUCUCGUCCUCGUGGUGUUGUAUACAGAUGGCGAUUAUCAAGAAUAGUAUUUCGUGACCUGGCAGACCACAAUUUAUUGUCAGGAGUACAAAGGGCUAUGUGGUAGUGGUACUGUUAUUUAUCCUUAGUUAUUUAAUUCGAUGGAAAGUGCCAGUGUACUGAAAGUAAAAAAAGGAAUAAAAUCGAUCCAUCGCAAUCGAUCGACUGUUUUGGA